CCCCACCACGCGACGACGACGUCGACGGGCAAGCCCCACCACCCGACGAGCUCGUCCUCGACGUCCUCGAAGCCGCACCACGCGACGACGACGACGACGACGGGCAAGCCCCACUACCCGACGCGCUCGUCCUCGACGUCGUCAAAGCCCCAUCACGCGACGAGCACCACGUCGACCAAGUGGCACCACCCGUCGAGCUCGUCCUCCCCGUCGUCGAAGCCCCACAAGCCUUCGAGCACGACUCACAAGCCCUCGCCGCAGCCGACGUACCCGGCCUACCCGACCUGGCGCCGCGAGUGA